AUGCCGGCAACCAAGAGAAAGCUCGACUCUGUGGCUGAAGACGCCAUGGACGUCUCACCUGCCAAACGACAGGAGUUAGAGCAGCUGUCACAAGCAGAGCUUGUUGGACGCGUAGUAACUCUUGAGUUGCAGGUGGCCUCCCUCACCACUGAGCUCGACUUUUCGAAGCAACAAUCCACAAAGGCUGAGAGUACGAAAGCCCUCAAGCCCAACGGAAAUGCCACUGUUCCCGCUACAGAGUGGUCGAAGGAGAAGAUCAGCGAGACAACUUCGAAGAUCGCAAAGGUAAUGUAUCGCGAGAUCAAGAAGCAAAUGAAGUGGCAGAUCCUCAGACUGCCCGAAGAGAACGGCAAAGGCAAAGCUUGGAAACAGAAGAAGAUCCCUCGCGAGGACUUUGAGCGGCGUGUCGGUCACAUCGACGCGUCCAUUCGCUACGGUAGCCUCAAGGUCACCAGCGCCAUGAUCAACGCCAAGUGGGAUCAGGAGACCCGGAUGUUGACACACUGGCAUCCAACUCGCAAUCCGUCCGCAGGAGGUGGACAAGGGGAAGGGCAAGCACAGGCCGGGACUGGUGGCUGGGACGAAGAAGAGGACGAGUAUACUGACGACGAUGAUGGUGACGGAGAGGACGAAGAUGACGAUGACUGGAAUGCUCCCACAGUCGCCAAUGCUUCUUCCAGCCAGACCUACUCAAAAUCCCGCCUCAAGCAAUCCGCAACAACUAGACCAAACUACAGCAUUGCUGCCAAGAACGAUAAAUUCGCCAAUGACGCGCAGGCUGGGCUUCCAGAAGGCUGGGAAAGGCGAGAGAACGACUUCGGCCGCACGUACUAUGUUGAUCACAACACACAGUCCACAAGCUGGCGUCGACCAGCACGACGGGCAAAGAAUACACCAUCAACCUCCAAACCCAGCAGGCCCACCAGCAGUCGAGGCACGCGAACCAAAUGCGAGCGCUGCUUCACAUGGUUUGAGUCAAAGGAGCGCUACGAUCGUCAUCGACGUCGCAAGGACUCCGGAUGCGAUUCUCACCGAGUCUGUUUCCCAGGCAUGGAGAACAUGGACCACGCCAAGAAACAUCACCACAAACGCUGCUUUGUUGAGGGCUGUGACAGUAAAUUUGCUAGGCACGAUUACUCGGACGAGACAAUUCAAGAUCAUGUGUUCGAGAAACACACUGCUAGACGGCGCUAA